GCGGGAAGCGGAAGAGCUGUCUCGAAGCGUCCCGUAUCAAUGAUUCAUGAAUAUGAAGCUCUCCCGUGCUGAAUACAAGGAGAUAGUGAGAUGGACAGAGCAACUGAGACCAACACGGCAGUGUAUGAAUAUGUUAAGGAAAAGAUUUCCAAAUCACUCGCAGUCCACUCUUCUGAGCAUCUUCUCCCUGGAGUACCAGAAACGAACCAAAAGGACUAUUUCGAGGCACCGUGCACCUGAUGUCAUUGAAAGCUACUACCAAAGGUAUCUGAGCGAGGCCACGACACAUCCCUCUGCUCCCGUCUUGCUGGAGUUGGCCAAUGAGGUGGAUUUGUCUCCUGCGCUGAUGGCUCGCGUCAUCCUAGACAGGUUUCUUCAGGACCUGGAAGGCGAAACACCUUCAAAAUUAGUCCUCAACAGUAUGCUCAAGGAACCAUCAUUAAUACCGGACCAAACCUUGGCCAAGAACGUAUACCAAUGCACAGUAAACGACUGCUGUUAUGGACCACUGGUCGACUGCAUCAAACAUGCUAUUGGCCAAGAGCAUGAGGUGCUGCUGUGUGACAAACUCAAGGAGAAGAAUUUGUCCUUUCUAGAUGAAAACCAACUGAGAGCUAAAGGUUAUGACAAAACACCUGACAUCAUCCUGGAGGUUCCUGUUGCUGUGGAGGGACACAUUGUCCACUGGAUUGAGAGUAAAGCGUCAUUUGGAGAUGACCACAGUCACCGCACCUAUCUCAACGAACAGUUUUGGAGCUACUGGAACAGAUUUGGACCUGGACUUGUCAUCUACUGGUACGGUUUCAUAGGUGAGCUGGACUGCCAGAGAAACCGAGGUAUCCUUCUCAAGGACUGCUUCCCUACAGAUAUCGUUGCCCUCGGACAAACUGCCCAACAGGACUGACGAGCAAUUGGCGGACAAAGAGCAAGGAAAUACAUUUGGGUGGUGAUGUUGGAAGGAAUGAGAGUAGAGGAUGACGGGGCAGGAAGAGUAGGAACAGCAACACCGGGCUAGACUCUGAAAUCCGGAAGUAAUUUAGCUUUCCUGCAUGGAGACGAAAAUUCUGCUGCCCUGAACUCCAGCUGACCCUCACUCUCCGGCUGCCCCUACCUUCCUGGCUCUUGGCUUUUGCUACAACAUACAAAUAACCAAAAAUGCCAUCUUGAAGAGGUUCCCGGUUUCUGGUUAACUCCUGGCCCCCGGUUGGCCUCACUCAAAGGACGGCAUGGUGUGAUGGAGGACCAGAGCUUGGACACAAGGCCCUUCCUUAUCACACCCAGAGUCCUGGCCUUUGUCACUCCUUCCUCUUCCGUUCCGUACGCAGAUAAGAGAGGUGCGGUUCUCGGGGGGCUGGUUGGACGCCUGGCUCUUACCUGCGUCACUCAGUGCCCUCUCAGUCACUCUCCAAGCGGGAGAACAGAAUGGGGGCUGAUUAAGGCUAGGGCCUCACCGUGACCCUUUUUCCUCCCUGCUCUAUGUUAUCAAUUUCCUUUCAAGAUUUCUAUUAAUUCUUCUAAUGGACUUUUUCUACUUACGAUUCAUUAACUGGACAUGUUUUGGUCUUCCACAUCUGUGUUGCAGUGCAUCUUAGAUUUUAGAAGUUUAUUCAAAUGUCAUUAAUUUCGCAAUUCCUUGCUGGUUUUGUGCGACUAGCAUUCCAAAACUGAAAGACUUUAAAUGAUCCAAAGAAAAGUACUGGAAAACAUCCUUGUAUUUCACCCAAUGAAUGUUUGUCUUUUUAUGCUUUACAGGGAACCCAAAUUAUAACCAAAUGUCUUUUAAAAAUGGGAACUAGUUCAGAAGAUUAUUUUAAGGGAAACUGUUGGCUGACCUUCAGCAUGCCAGAUAUCCUGAAAUUGCCCAACGAAGGUAAAAAAAAAAAAAAUGUCCCUGCACAUUAUUUGCUGAGGUCGUUUUACGUCAUCAUUUUAAACCCAUGUUAAUUGCAUUGUAAAAUGUUCUUUAUCAAUAGAUACCAUGAUUGAGGUGUUUGAACACCAAUACAGCUGUGUGAGUGUUCACGGAUACACAGGAACACCUCGAGUUAAAGGGAAGAUGUGAGGCUGUUUGGCAGCACAUCUUUACGACCCCAAAUUAUUUUAUAAGCAGAUACUAAUGGCAGAAACACAAGUGGUGCCCUGUAAAAACUGAAAAAGAUGACCAUAAAGUUGACUGAUGCCUUUAGACUCAGAUAUGUGUUGCCUAUAGAGCGGUCGGUGUCUUCAGACGUUUUCUGAAAUGACCUUAAAGCAUGAUUGUUUGUCAAUGCUGCCUUACAAUUGACCCUUUUUUCAAUCGUCAACUCACUUCAUGCUAACAUUGACAAACAAGUGUCGCAAGCACAAAGUGAACUUGUACAGGAAUUAGUUAGCUCACCUUGUAUGUGUAUGAUUUUUUUGUUCCCCACACUAAAACAUAAAAUUAAAGCAUCGAAUAUAAUAACCCAUAAAAUUGGGAAAUUCUCGUUUUACAAAAGCGGCACACGAAUGAUAAAUACGAAGAAAAAUAAAAUAUGUACAGUGUUGCCCUGCGAUUGAUUAACUGUCGACCGUUUACACUGCCUCCCACCCAAAGUCAGCUGGGAUAGGCUCCAGCUCACCCGUGGCCCUAAUGAGGAUAAGCACUAUAGAAAAUGAAUGGAUGGAUGGAUGGAUUGAUGUACAGUUCAUGCACACACAAAAACUGGCAUAUGAACAAGGGUGUGUAGACUUUGUAUAGCCACUGUAAGCAAAUGUCUCAUACUUGACAGAAACUUGAAAUACUGUAUGUCUUUCGACGUGGUCCGGGUGUUAAAAUGAUUCUGUUCUUUAGACUUGUACAGUAAGUACAAGUCUAAAGUCCCUAAUUUAUAUCACUUCCAAAACGGAAGCCGGUUCCACCGCGGAGAAUAAAAAUAAGCGUUUCUAUAUUUGUUUUGUGCAGUCACGCAGUCCAAAAAGACACGGCAUGUGUGCUUGAAUGCUGGCGAGGUGUUGCUUGAUUUGUUACCCUUAAACCUCUAACCCUGAGCCGGCUCCCAUCCAGGCCUUGAUCCCUCCACCAGGAGGCCACCGGGUCACUGUUGGGUCACCAGGCGGCCAUGGCUUCCCCCCACCCUCGCCCCCUCUCACACCUCCUCUUCAACAAAACAACUGUCCCCAUGUGUCCAGUUAAACCCAACCCUAUUGCCUGCCUAUGGAAUGCUUAGGCAUCACUUUAUUGCUCCUGUUGGACACAAAAACAGGGCCAUUUUACUUGUCGGGGGAAAAUUCUCAGCUGAAUAAGAGCAGAAAGAAAAAAAAAAAAACAGCAGAAUCAGUUCCUCUCAAGUUUUGAGCCUUCCUGCCAUUGUUUUCCAAGAUGGCUGUGGCACAAAAGAGGAGUCAGGGUCAGCUCCUAUAAAUUAGCUUUGUGCACACAAUGCCAGCUAAAUAGCGCCUCUCUAAAGCCUACUUCAAAGUCACGGCAGCUGGACAGAUUCCGUCACAUGACAACAAAUAGAAAAAAAGUAAUCACAAACUAAUCAUGUUUAAUAACAACAAUGGGACAUUGUUGACAUCCACUUUAGACUUUAAAAUAUUUUUCUUUAAAGUAAUGCCAAUUGAAUAGCAAUGUAUUCAUUUGGAAUGAGACUGUUUAU